AUGAUCGUUGUCUCGAAUCCCUACAUCGAAUCUGGGUCCUCGGCCGACAAAAUGAGCAUAUCGAGAUUCCCGCAGGAGCUGUCGAUCCUACUCAGCGGGGCAGACAUUCGCAUUAAGCUACCGGGGAAGAGACAUCUUGCCAACCCAGAAGAGUUGAUAAAAAUCAACUUCCAUCAUCCCCUGCUUUCCUCCAACUACUAUGAGCGAUACGAUAUCUCGAAGUCCUUGGAGGCCUCCGAUCUGGAAAAGGAGCUCGAAAAAAAGAAUAUUCCAAACAGAGAAGCAGCACCAUAUGCCGAUGAAUCAAAAGUAACUAUCGGAACUGAUUGUAUGGAGUUCCUGAAUGGUGUUCGGACCACACCCGAUGAGCAUGAAUUCUUACAAUUUAUGUUAAAGUCGCCUCCUGUUUCUGAAGAGACGAUAGCCCUCUCAGCUAAGCACAGCUCCAUUCUGGAGACUCGCUCUGACUAG